AUGUCUGAUACGCCAUUUUCCCUCUCCCCAUCACUCCCUUCACCUCUGUCUCCUCUCGCCAUCUGCUCUCCUCUGUGUCGAUGUACCUGGAUAGACACCACGAUGUCCACUGCCCCCACGUCCUACAACUGCCACCGCGCGCUGUAUCGCCAACAGCUGCAGAGAGACAUCGAAUCUCUUCUCCUCCUCUUUCUCCGCGACUUCUGUGCAGAGGGAGCGAGUCCCACCCGCAGCGGCUACCGCGCCUCUCAUCUUCAGGCUAUCGCCCAGACCUUCUAUGUACUGCAGAUAAUCCAGUACAGCGCCGCCACACGGCGUGAGCAAGAGACGCCUUACCCGCUCCUCCAGACAGGCGGCGACACAACACACCUCGGCGUGUGCACGGAGCGUAGCUUAUACUACCGCAACCCACCACUCUUUGCGCCGCAAGGGCAGCGUGCGGCCCACGCAAGUGUCAAGCGGUUAUGCGACUGGCUAGAAGUGGUGGCGCGUGUGCCUCCUCAUCAACAGCAUGGCGAAGGACCUGCUCUGGCCUCGCUCUUUCGAAGUCCUCGCCGCCUUCUGUCGCAGUUGCCGAGGGGAACUCGAGGUGUGGCGUCCGCGACACCGCUCUACACGCGCGAGUCGCUAGGCAUUACAGCCGCUGGCAAGAGUCUCUUGGCCGGCGCACUUAUCCUGGAACUGUGUGAUCCAGUGGAACUCAUUGACGUCUCCGCGCGCGGCUCUUCGGGCAUCACCCUGACGUACCCCCUUGCGACCCGUAUGGUGGGGUGUCGAGAGGCUAGUGGCUGGCAAGCAGCACGUAACGGUAUUUCGUUGAGCCGCCCAUGUAAGCUUGUGUUGAUUGAGAAGGAAGGUAUUCAUCACGCUGUACUGCAGUCCAUGAUGAAGAGCGACACUCCGCAGACGCACUCGUACGUACUUCUCUGCACAAAGGGGUACCCUUGUGUCGCCACGCGGCAGUGGCUGCGUCGUGCUCAUGCCUUGUGGCCCGCCCUGCAGUUCUAUGUCAUGGUCGACGGAGACCCGCAUGGCCUGUGUAUCGCUCUGACAGUCAUGGGACUGCUUGGCUCGAAAGGAUGUCCAUCGCCUAUCGCGUCCUCGCAGCCCAAACCCUCCUCCUCCUUUUCUCCCCCUUCUGUGGCCACAACUGCAUCUGCAGAGGCAGAGAAGCUGAAGGACCUGCUUCCGCUCCACUUCCUCGGCGUGUGCCCUUCCCUCCUGUGGAGUUGCAAUUUCCAGGGCGGGCUGCCUCUUAGCGCCGGCUGCCUCGAUGGCCUCGCUUCCUCACAAGGCAUUCCCCUUACUACCAAUGAUGUCCAGGUGCUAAAGCGGAUCGCUGCAGCUGUGCAGGCCGUUUUGAGGUCGGCACCAGAGACGCCAGACAGCGCUACGUCACUCAGAAGGUGCGAUGCGGCCAUCGUACGUCACACACUCCAGCGCAUACUCAAGGAGGUGGAGUGGAUGCAGCGAGCCCGGAUCAAGUGCGAACUUCAACUCGCCUGUAAACCCCUAGGCCCACUGACGUUUAUGGGGCAGCACGUGCAGCGAUGCGAUGCUGAGCUGAGUGAAGGCUCCUAA